AUGAAAAAGAACUCCAUGCAGGGAACUUUUAGCAAGCUCUUUGGGAAAAAACAUGCCAACAGUAACAACAAUUCCGCCACUUCUCUAUACGCCACCAACCCCCCAUGGAUCUUCACACAGGAGGUUAGCUCUGACAACCUGGCACGCUCUGGUGAUGUAGAUGGCAUUUAUUAUGGGGAUAAUCGGUUUAGUUCAGUUACGGACUCUGGAACAGCAACACUUAAGGCACGCCCAAGAGUGCGACCCCUGCUAACCUUCUUACCUCUGAAUGCUCAAGAAGCACAUGGAGUCGCUGUACCAACACCCUCAGUACCAGAAGGCUUUGAGGAGAAAACAGCUUUGGGGCUUGGUUCCCAGAUCAAUGGCAAUUACAGGAAGUACAAUUCUGCUCUUGACCUGAGGCCCAGGGCAUUUGAAGAAGACUACUUGGAUGAUGAUGAUAUUCCACCCCCACCAUCAGUUCCGCCUCCACCACCUCCAUCCUCCACUGACCUAGCUCCACCUCCACCUCCAAUGGAAGCUCCACCUCCACCUCCAAUGGAAGCUCCUCCUCCACCUCCACCAAUGGUACCACCUCCACCACCCCCACUUCCACCAGCAAUGCCAGUUUCAUCUCCAUUCCUGGCUCCACCUUCAUACCCAUAUUCCAAUUUGUCUUCUCCCAGCACUCCAUCCCCACCAGACUUCAUCCCCCCUACUCCUCCUCUGGCUUUUAAGGAUGGUUCUGCUUCUCCUAUGCCUCCCCUUUCACCAGCACUUCAUAUCUCCUCCUUCUCAAAUGGUGUGUCCAAAUGGAAAUCUGAGACUGUUUUAAAUCUGAGGCAAGCAGAAACCAGCUUUCAUAGUCCAAACCCCCUAUCUCCACUGACCCCUAUGCAAAAGGUGCCUCAAGUGUCCCAGUCCAGCCCAGACCCUAAUCUCACCUUCCCCAGAUCAUUUAAAAUACCUCCCCCAACCCCUGUGAGGACAUCAUCUAUUCCCUUGGAAGAAAAGGAAUCCAGCCCAAAAGAUGAGCACUUUCCCAAGAAGGUUCCUCACAGCCGGCCUGCCCUGCCAACUAAUUUCACUAUACGAACUGCAGCCAUGGUUCACUCAGGGGGACAAACUGGGGGGGAAGCUACUUUUGAAAAACCUUCCACAUUAAUCACAGAGAGUGCAAAACCAACAUCAGAUUCCAGUAGCUCUUCUCAUGCCCCACUGAAACGUGAGGUGCCAGUUGCAGAAGAAACAGAGCUUCCUUCUCUGGACGGAGCAUCCUCCGAUGAUGAUGAUGAUGACUGGAAGGAACGCAGCAACCUGGACAAGCUGAAGCAUGAACUGUCAGCUUUGCUAUCCUCUUCGUACAGAAAGGAAGACAGACAGCAAGACAAAGCUGUAGUUCCCAAGACUAAAACCGGCAUUACUGUUGGCAACCAGUCUAGUACAGAUGAGUUAAAACAAGCUAAGCCUGCUGUGAUGAGACCACUGUCACCUGCAAGGCCAGAGGGUGAGAGGAAAGAGAAGAUCCCUGCUAAUGCACCUGCUCCAGGCAAAGAUGUCAUUCUCUCAGCUCCAGACCAUAAAUCCACCACUGUGCAAGCAAACCCUGUUAUGACAUUCAGAAAUGAGCUGGAAGCUAUGUUGUCCCCAGUCAAGGGUGGAGGCCCACCCUUGGCUCUUGCAAACCUAAGACACAAUUCAGAACCAAAGAAACAAAUUACUCUUCAGUUUGGUGGCAGCCAGACCAAUGUUGGUGAGUCCAGGCUUCCAAAACCCACAGCAAGUCAGUAUGCACCAACAUCAGAAGUAACACAGAAAGAGUCUAAGAUUUCUAGUGCCUCUUCUGGUAACUCUCCAUCUGACACCAUCCGUAAACUUCCAGUCUCCCCACUGAAACCAAAGAAUGUAUUCUUGUUUCCAGCUGCAGCUUCACCGGCCUCCUCUGGGACCGCCUCCCCAGUACGAACUGCCUCUCCCAGUGUGGACUUUUCUCUCCUGCAGUACAAGACACAUAGGACAAGGUUCGGCUCUGUUGACAGCCUGGCUUCUGUCACCUCUUCACAAACGACUGAAGAUGGACCACUUAGCACAAAUAAUAAUGAAAACCCAAGAGACUCUGCUGAGGGUGUGUCACCGCAGACACCCACAGUUUCUAGGAAUGCAGAGCAAGCAAAUAGUAAUGCUUUGGUCCAUCCUGUUACGGGAGAAAAAGUAGAGAGAGGCUCUCCAAUGGCUCUCCUCUUGGCUGCUCAGCAGCGGGCCCAGAAAGGCAGGUGUUCUGCCUCUGCCUCUCGACAGAACAGUUACGUAUCUGAGAGGCCUCCAUUAAAGUUGUCAGAAAAACUGCAGCUUAACAGCCAAUCGGAGAGUGGGCCCUCCUCUACCAUUUACUACAGUAAGCCAAACUCUGUCACUGUUGUACCAAAGUCCCCUCAAAGAGAAUCUCUUACCAUCUCAGAGACUAAGCAGCACAAUGGGGCAAACACACCUGAUGGCAAGAUCUGGGGCUUGUCAGAAUUAGGGCAGAGAGAGCACAGGCCUCAUUCAUUCUCCAGUGCCUCAGAACAAUGCGGGAACGUGCAGCACCUCAGAGAGAACGAACCUCAGAAUCUCCCCACAUCAAGUAAGUCUGGGGCCUCCAUUUCAGUUCAAAGUCUGCUAGAGUCCAGCCAGUUGAAAGAGCAAGUAUCUCACAGCAUGCCUGAUACUCCCCAGCACUCUUUUGCUACACCCCAAAGCCACACCAUGAGCAAUAACUAUGAGGUGGAAGAGGAUUUUGACUAUGAGAUCAUUCCCCCACCACCAGAGUUCAGCAACGAUGCCAGUGGGGUCACAGGUGUGUCUUCAAGUGGGGAAGGGAACCCCAAAAGCCUUGAUAUCCAAAGUGAUGAUCGGGCCUCCAAUAAGCAACUUCAUUUCAAUAACUUGAGCAGUAGCUAUGGCAAUGGUUAUUCCCUGACAUCCAAGCCAACUCUGGAAAACAGCGUGAGGCCCAGUGGAUACAGUUGCUUCUACUAUCCUGGAGGGAGCUACUCAUCUAAUUAUCUCAAUUGCUCUUCCAGCAGCCGUCCUCUGAUAAAGAAGCGUCUUUACGUGUCAGAGACUGAUGGAUCAUACAGCAGGCCCACCAUGUCCUCUCGUAGUAUUAGCACACCCAAUGCCUAUGGCCACAAUACAAUGACCUACAACUCUCAGGUGGCGGAAGGGAUGCGCCGGGUCAACUCUGCUCACAGGAAUGUUCCCGGCAGUGCACAGGGCAGGAGAGUUUCCCUGGAGCUACCUGGGAAGAUGGUGACUUACAGCAGUGCGGCCAACGAUGUCAAGUAUAAAGGGCAGAACGGAGAGUAUGCUUCUAAUGCAGCAGCUGCUAGCAGGCCUUCCCAUGGAAGUCAACAGUAUGGUGGAACUACAAAUACAUUUACUGUCAGGCCUGGAACAAGACAACCCAUUUCUUAUUCAUACCAAGGAGGUUUUCGAUAAGGCACUCAAAGAGGAAGCUUCAUCAUCUUGCACAUAGCUCUAGCCAAGCCUGGUGUUUCACAUCAUAGGCGUGACUCUCCCUGCUUUGUUGUGACUCUUUAAGGAGGCCUAAGAGCCUCAGGUUGUCCCAGUACCUUCUUGUAAAUAGAUUGGCUGUAAGUGACCAGGGACAAGGGUAAGAAUGAGUCAUUUGGAUGGAUCCCCCGCUUCUAAGGGCUUCUUCUAUGCAAUAAGAAUACCAGGGCAAGAAAUGGCACCAGGUGAUGCAGCAAUAUUAGCUUAACUUCUAAGUAUGCAGUUACAUCACCUUCCUUGUG